AUUUUAGGUUAGAUGAGGCCCUUGUCUAAAGAAAUUUACAGUAUGAUGAGUGUAGGUAUGAGAGGCUAAAACUAUCAUUAGAGCUACUGAAAGCGAGACAGGUAGAGCACAUUGGCGGAAGAAGUGGCAGCAUAUCUUUGUCAGAUGGGGUUUUUUAAACAUAUCUCUUUUAUAUAAAGCACCAUUGCCUGCUGGCUUUAAGAAUACAAUGAAUAUUGUAUGUUUAUGUGACACUCUCAACUUCCCCACAGGUACUACCACUACCUGUUCACUCACUACCUGCCUCAGUCUCUGCGGACUCUGGUGGAUCGCACCUCCAACUGUGAGGACAUCCUUAUGAACUUCCUGGUCUCUGCUGUGACUCACCAGCCGCCGAUCAAAGUGGCUCAAAGGAAGCAGUACAAGGAGCUCCCCAGUCCACAGGGUACGAAGAGCGUCCCUUGGGCCAACCCUGAACACUUCAACCAGAGGCAAGAGUGCGUCAACUCCUUUGCCAACUGGUUUGGCUACAUGCCCCUGGUGCAUUCUCAGUUUCGCCUGGACCCCGUUCUCUUCAAAGAUCAAGUGUCCGUCCUACGCAAGAAGUACAAAGACCUGGAGAGGGCCUAACAUUUCUGGACAAAAAGACUAGAGAGCGUUGAAGUCAUGUUUCGAGCCAUUUUGGACAGACAAAUAUGGCUACUAAGUAACAGAAAGUUCAAGACAUGUCUUUCAUGCAUGGGAAGUGGACAAAAAGGCACCGAGGUCCAUUGGUGACAUGGACAAUCAUCAAGAAAGACCCAAGGAGAUCUGAACUAUAUAAAGAGCUUAAGAGAAAGGAGUCUAUAAAAAGUACUUCAAAUGCUUCUCCAACCUCCAUGAAUCUUGAGAAAUUUGGGGCCUUAAAAUAGUCCUUGUGAUUGGCCCUGUCGCUGAGAAAGGACAAUUAAAAUAGUCAAAAAAGGAACAUUUGUGAACACUUCAAAUGUCAGUGCUACUGCAGUGGCAACAAGGAGAGAAUGACUAUCUCAUGCCAGGAGCACCCAAGGGACUGGUAUCGGUGCCAUGCACUCCAGCUGGCAACAUCUGUCUCCAUGUUACUGUUGCCAAGGAAACAGAUCAUUUCACAUUAAAAUGCUAACUGUAAGACCAAUAAAGUGAUUUAUAAAUGCAAA